AUGUCGUCCCGGAUUCUCAUGCGUCCUAUCAAACCGGUCCUGGCUCGGUCCAGCAACGUUGUUCGCUUGAACAACCCCGCCAGAUUGAGCACAACAGUUGCUGCUGCCGCACCAACAACAACGACAACUAACAAGGGUGUGUGGGAAAGACCCGUCGCCUGGAUAUUGGCUGGAGCCUUUGUGACGGCUGCAUCCAUUGGAUCUGUGAAUCAGCAAUCUUUUCCGAGUGGGGGUACCGCGUCUACCACGUCUCUCGAUGCUCUUGGUACUCUUCCACUUCCACCAAUACAAGUCGGUCCUGUAUCGGUAUCUUCCAAAAAUCCUCAUGUGGAAUCCUCAGCUGCACAAGUCAAGAAGGAGGAGACAGCCGUGCAGCAGCGGGAAGAACCAGAAACGGGCAUAUCGUUCCCACCCUCUUUUCAAGCCAAGGAGUUGCUAGGACUUGGAGUCCGAAAGAAGUACCAGUUUUUCAAUGUCUAUGCCGUGGGAUUCUAUGUGAAUAAAGAAGAUUUCCGUGGUUUAGACGAACAAGACUAUGAGGAAGCUUUGCUGAAUCCACACAAUCAUCGUACGGCUCGCAUUGUUAUGAACCGGACGUUGACAAUGGACAAAGUAGUUUCUACCUUGAUCGAGUCAUUGGAGCCUCGCAUGCACGGACGAGACUUGUUUGCACUGGAUCACUUUUCAAAGAUGCGAAAAUAUGGAAGUCUCAACAGAGGCGACGAGAUCAUUAUAAACAUUCGAGGGAACUCGGUGGAAUGCAAGUGUAGCAAUGGUGGCCAAAAUGUGGUAGUAUCAGAGGUGUUUACAAGGGCAAUUUGCGAUGUUUACUUUGGCAAACAGCCGAUUAGUCCGGCGGCAAAAGAAUCUGCGAUCAAGGGUAUCAGUGAUCUUUGA